GAAAUGCUCUCCGGUGCUGGCGCGCGCGCUCGCUCGCUCUCGCUCUUGCUCUCGCUCUCUCUCGCCUCAGUUACUACUUAUUACUGUCUUUGAUCAUUGAAAUGCUUGGUUAAAUCAUAGAAAUUGAGACGAAUCGAACGAUCAAAGACUACAGAAUAAAAGCUAGGGCUUCAAUCGAUCAUCACCACUGAAGUUAGGAACAAUGUCGGACUACAUACCAACUGAACUUUUAGCUGGCAUUCUCGUAAGACUACCCGUCGAACCUCUAAUUCGAUUCACAUCCGUAUGCAAAUCAUGGUACUCACUGAUAACAAGCCCUAGUUUCGUUGCCGAACACCUCGACCACACCAAAACAAACACCGAAAACCUUCUCCUUAAGACUUACGACUUUGUUAAAAAGGAAGAGCGCUAUCUAUUGUGCCGUGGCGAUGAAAAAUUUAGUGAUGAGUUCUCUGAACUGGAGUUUCCCUUGAGUACCCAAAUUGGGCAUAAAAGAAUAGUGGCUAGUUACAGUGGUUUGCUAUGCAUGAUCGAUGGCGGUUUGUCGGGGUGUAUUAUUCUAUGGAACCCAUCGAUUAGGAAAUCAGUUACUCUUCCCAUGCCCUCUCUGCCACAAAGUUCUCAUCGUAGAUUUGUUUUGGGAUUUGGUGCCCACCCCAAGACUCGUGAAAACAUGGUGGUGUUUAUUCUUUACGAGAUGGCGGAUGUUGCGCGGUGGAAAUUUCCUUCCAAGGUUGAGCUCUACACCCAGGGCGCAAGAUCGUGGAGAUCCAUCCAUUCUGUUGGUCAUCCGCAUUACCUUCCGUGUGAUGAUUGGUUUCCGGCUUUUGUUAAUGGAUCCGUACACUGGAUUGCACGUGACAUGAGGGCUUUCGAUGCGGAUGGUAUCCCUAGCUUGAUAAUGUUGUUCAAUAUGGGUUCUCAAGCAUUCUCUGUUUUGAUGAUGCCUGGCGCUCUAGUCAGUGAAAACCCAUUGCGCCUGUCCAUUAUGUCAUAUCGAGAAUCACUGGCGGUGUCAUGUCAUGGAAGGACGACGGGGGGUUCUUCUUGUUUAUGGGUGAUGAAAGAAUACGGAGUAGAAGAAUCUUGGGCUAAAUUAUACAAUAUUACUCUUCCCGGAAUGUUGGUGCAGAUAAGAGGAUUUAGGGAAAAUGGUGAGGUUCUGGCGUGGACAGGUGACAACCAGCUACUUUGUUACAACUGUGAGACCAAAACUUUUGCAAAUUCUGGAUAUACCGGGAAUUCAUUUCCAUUGUCCUCUUAUGCUUUCAUGGAAUCCCUAGUCUUAGUGCAACCAGGAAAUGGUUUCUUCUAGGGGUAGUUGAUUCCUUUUUGAUGCUAUGCAUCCAAACUCCAAGAGAGCAAAGGAAUAAGCUGAAAGAGCGGCAAUUGAAGAAUGAGCAAAGGAAUAAGCUGAAAGAGUGGCAAUUGAAGAAUGUUGGUCUAACAAAAGAUUUGGGAAACCAAAUCAAGAUAUCUAGUUGAUCUUCUAGGAGACCGAGAGUACAUCACUGCUCAAAACCAGGUCUGCACCCAAAAUUUCAAUAUUUCGUCGAUGUGCAUACGAACACCAGCAAUCGUACUGUUGCUAUACUAUAUUAGUAUGUACUGAUAAAUAUGUGAUGUGUUGUUGAUUAUACUAGUUGGGUACUUGGGUUAUCUCUUAACCGUAUCUUAUGAAUGUAUUUGCACGUGUUGCCCUAUACUUGAUUCCCCUUUCUUUUU